GACAACCAAUCCAAGCCCCAUCUACAUCCUUUUCAGCACGUAAACCACCAGAUGAAUAAAGGGUGUGGCAUUCUCUGUAUAUAAAACAUUUCUCUCCGACUUCCCCAUCACUCGUUUUACUUCUUUGCUCUUUGUGAACUACAGAAAUCUGAGUCAACAUGUCCCAACUUCAGCAAGGCAUGGCAUUGAUGAUUCAAACCUUUCAUAAAUACUCUGGGAAAGAAGGAGACAAGACCACUCUGACCAAAGCUGAGCUCAAGGAACUACUCAAUACAGAGCUGAGUGGUAUCCUAGGGAAAUCUGAAGACAAGGCAGCUUUGGACAAGAUCUUUAAAGAUCUGGAUGCAGAUGGAGAUUCCACUGUGAACUUUCAGGAGUAUGCCACGUUGGUCGCCUGCCUUACUAUGUUGUGUAAUGACUCCUUCAAGUAAUUUGAAGACACUGAUUCAUCAGUCAUACUGUACAUCUGAUUUCAUGUAUGUUCUGUGUACACUUGCAUGUGUACACUUUUAAAACCUAUUUUAACUAUAAAAAAUUGUAUAACCCAUACAUCCUGCUGGUGAUGAUGUUUUAAUAAAGACUGGAUUCCUCACAA